UAUCGCAUCAUCGUAUACAGUGACGAUGUUUAUACCUGUCUUAUGAUUGAUUUUCUGAUAAUCGACGAGACGUUUAGAACGUUAGGGAAUACUUUGAAUUCGCUUUGCAAUAAAUCUGCACAUUCUGUACCUAAAAACAACAUUAUAAACAGCUGACUAAAUCAGCAUUGUAAGCAGUUGUGUUUUGCACGUUACAGUGCAUUUUACUCUGACAGUUUGUCGCACCCGGGCCACCGUAUUCAUUUAAAAGCGCAAUCAAAUAUACCCACACUUUCUAUACUUUAACUGCUAAAGUGUUCAAGAAAACUAUUUCAGUUUUAGCAUCGAAAAAGUGAGACGAACAACAUACAAAGGUAGCAAUAUCAAUGUGUAUUUGAAUCAUUGGGUUUUGAUACUGAUCAAGUGAAGUGAUGAAGUUUGAUGCGCUCAACUUUGACUGCCUCGAGUCUGUUCUCGAGUAUUUGGAGCUGAUAGAUCUACUGAAUGUGGCUGACUCAACGAAAAGACUGAAAAAAGCAGCGGAGCUCGUUUAUGCUCGAAAAUAUGGAGAUAAAGGCGUGUGGUUACGUAAUAUACGAAUUUCUCCAGAUCGAUUAUUCUUCAUCAAAGACGCGUCAACAAUGAUUAUAGAGGAUUUGAAAACUGCUCUGAAGUUGUUGCGCUGUGUUGGGCGUGAGAUUUCAAAAUUAGUCAUGAUAAUGCUGUUGCCGGGAGUUUUUAGUAAAGUAAACAUCGACAAACUAUCGAAAAGAGAUCAGAGGCUUUUCACUUAUAUCAACGAUUAUUGUGCUGAAUACGUGAAGAAUAUUAUAAUAUAUCCAUCAGUUUGUUAUGCAAGUACUCUUAUGGAGCAUUUUGAUAAGCCUUUCCCCAACGUUCAUAAUUUUGAACACAUUGACUAUGAUUUCACUGAGAAAGUUUCCCUUAAUAGAUUAUUCCCCAAGUUGAAUUCACUAGCAUCUUGUCACACCAGAAACUCCUCAUUUUUUAGUAUCAACACAAACCAUUUUCCUUAUUUAGAACGCUUUGGUUUUCUUGAGUCUUCUAGUGAAGCUAUGCCCGAAAAUGAAAUGCUACAAGCUUUUAUACGGUUGAAUCCACAAUUAAAAGAACUUCAGCUUAGAUCACUGGACUUUCUUUACAGCCAUUUGAACACAGAUUUGCUUCGGAAUGCAGUUGAAUGUUUGCAGAAUAUUGAAUCUCUUGAGCUUGAUAUAAAACCAAUCACAUUUCUCACAGACAGUGACAAUAUUAUACACAUAAAAAGUGUGAAGAAUUUUGCAAUUAAUUUCCAUCAAAUUUAUGAAUUGCCCGAAUGUUUCGGAUUAAUUAAUUAUGAUCCGAACAUAUGGAAAAUUACCAGAAAAAUAUCGAAAAUCAAUCGAACUUAUGGCUAAAUUUCGGAAGCUGACAAAAUUUGAAUUUGUGUUAAAGGAUGAAUAUGGUCACUUCCGCGAAAGACUAGGCUACGAAUGGGAAAGCAAAUAUGAUACGGCCCAGAAAUUUGUCGAAUUGAAACGCAGAACUUGAAGUAAUUACGAUGAAAAUAUCAUAAAUAGUUUUUUAAAAUAUGUUUCCAAUUUUUACAAUGCAUACGUACAAAAUAAAAAAAAAAUCAUGUCUUUUACCAAAUAAAACUUUUAUUGAAACUUAUUUUAUAUUGUGGGUAGAUAUGAUAAAACUGUUCGAUCCGAAUUUAUGUCAAAAUAAAAGCCCUACUUGAAUGAAUGACAAACAUUGUUUUUUUUGUUUCGAAAUUAUCGUAAAAUUCAUUUCAUUUGAUCAGUUAUAAUUCGGAAAAAAAUCGAAAAUGUCUAUAGAAAACCAACUAAGCCCUACUUGUUUGUGUUUUGUUUACUGUAUUUAAAUAUGCUAAACGUAAGGCGUUUGUUCCGAGAUCGUCGAUGAUUUUGAUGUGUCUUCCGUGCCGGUGCUGGUCGUGAUAAAAGAUGGUAAAGUGGAAAAACGCAUGGUCGGUAUUC